ACUGUCAUUGUCAUUGUUCCUGAUAGGAAGCUGUCAUUCGGCAAACUUGUUUUGUUCGUUUGCCGACUUUUUCCUUGCCGAUUGUGUAUUAUGAACGCGCUAUCAUACAAGCAAAAUGUGAAUAAUUUCAUUGUUGUGUCAUUUAUUACCACAGUGUAGUUCGUUGUCCCAACAAUAUUUAACUAAAAGUGUUUUUAGCAAGCAGUUGUGAUCUUGUCAAGUGUCAAUAUGAUCAGCUGUUACGAAUUAUUUAUGCUCUAAUUGGAUGUGAUCAAAACUUUCGCUAUUGUGUUUCAAUAUAAUCAGUGAUAACGUUUUUAUAACAUUGCUGGUAUUGAUAAGUGAAAAUGCUUUCUUUAUUGGGUGAUAGACUUCUCUUAGUGAUAGUGUCUUUAGUUUAUUUUCUCAAUUCUGUUACUGCACAAGAUGGCAGCGUAACAAUUCCUUUAAACAGCUCAAUAACAUAUGACAACCGAGAAUUAUACGGAGGCUUUAUCACAUUAAAUGGAAUAUCAAGAGUUACAAUUAAUUUUACGGAUGUCAACAAGAACCUUACGUUUAUAUUAUUUCAAGCUCAUAGUCACUUAAAUAAUAUCACCCUGUUUACAUCGGACAAACAAGGGAAUCAAAGUGCUACGGGCACUAAUCUAGGUUUAGUGAGCUAUAUGACCCCAGUCAACACGUUUAUUGUAUCAAAUUUUAAUAAUAAUGUUACUGUCCGAGUUUAUAUUUCUGUCCAUGGAUAUUUCGCAAUGGACCCCAUCCCAGGUGGAUGCAACAUGGAGUACCCAAUACCAGUUACUCCAUUUCUGAAUGUGAUGACAUACAGCGACUAUAUAUUCGUGGAUGCGGCACCACCAUCGAUAGACCCUGAUUGUAAGAGUACAAUGCAAGCGAACAUGUCAUUUUACAUGAUGUAUCUACCCGAAAUGAAUUUCUACGCCGAUGUCUACUUUGAUGGCAUCAGAAAGAUGAUGAGCCUCAAGAAUAUUAAGAAAUAUGGUUACCGAAUUCCGAAAAGUUCCUGGCCUGAGACGCGUCGUAUGUUGAGUGCUUACCCAGGCACUGGUGCUAUUUACACAGUAGUGGCAACAAGGGUUGAUAAUAUUUCGGAAUACUCUGUAUACGUGCCAAACUAUAGUUACGGAUGUAAUGACAUAAACGACUAUGGCUGCGAAAUGAUUGAUGACUGGCUAUCUCAACUUCUAUGUGCUGCAUUAAUGUUUGUUGGAGUGUUCAUAUGUUUCUUUGGCCACCGUUUCUUCAAGACUGAAAUGUUUUUCGCUGGUUUCUUUUCCGGCGUCAUCAUAACUUAUAUCUUAAUAGCUCUAAUUACAGUCGUUGAUAAACCAGCACUACUAGCAGCAGCAGCAAUUUCUGGUGUGUUCUUCGGAGGGAUAUGGUGGCUGUUCUGGUGGUUAUAUGGCAUUCCUGUACUCGCGGUACUGUUGCCGUCCCUAAACCUUGGGUUUAUGCUGGCUUCAAUAUUCUAUUAUAGGCUUCCUGGUCACCAACUAUUCCUGGAGUUGGACUUCAAUUUCUGGAGUCUUUUCAUCCUGGUGGUGAUGCUGACGGCUCUAGCAGUCGUCUCCGUGUCUUACGCGGCAAACAUUCUGUGCUGUGCGUUCAUCGGCGCGUACGCAACUGUGUUAGCCAUCGAUUACUACAUGGGAUCGAACCUGAAGUUCAUCAUUAUAAAUGUGAUCAGAAGGGCCAUUGUUCCACACUUCAAUAAAGCUAUUUUAGCACCUCCUUUGGAUUGGAAAGACAUAUCAAUGGCGUCGAUGUGGAUAGUUCUAGCCAGUCUAGGGUUCUUCUUCCAGCAUUGGCACAACCGUGGUAGACCCCCAUUCCCACCCCCUACUAGGCUGGUCAGACUCACCUACGCGGAACAAACCAUGUAUGGUACUAUAACCAACUAUUUCCGACGCCCUGAACAGCAGACUGGACAAGGAGCUGGUGCGCCUGUUGCAAGAGUUCAGAACGAAAGAACAGCCCUACUGUCUUAGACACAACACUAUUUAACCACUGGUAUCACUUUAAAACCAAUUAUGAUAAAAAAAUCAAAGUACUCCUCCAAAUACAAACUUUUUCGCAAUAUUCCCUUAAAACGUUAUUAUUAACUAAUUAUUAUUAACUAAAAGUCAACGGUUCACUCACGUACAGUAAUGGAAAGAAGCUCUACUAGUUUCGAGUGACAUAGGGACUCUUCAACAUGAAAAGCGUGGGCAGACGCGGCGGCAGUAGGCCGCGCAACGUCGCCGCGUCUGCGCACGCUUUGGUUUGUCUCACGGUUGUAAUUAUUAUUAUUAAAUCGCAAUUAAGUCGGUCAAAAAUUCUAAAACAAUUUCUAGUUAAAUAAACAUUUCCCAAAAACACGAUCUCAAAAAUGGUUCUUAAAAUAAUUCACUAACACAGAUGGUUGGCAUGGUAACUUUAAUAACAGAGCUGAAUAAAUACUCAAAGGACUUUUCAAUAAUUUUCUAUGAUCUGUCUAAUGGCCGGUGUAUGGCAAAAGGCUCAUCACUCUCAAAGCAAUCUGAGAAUAUUGUUAAAGACAAUCUUCCUAAUCUUUGUAACAAUUUAAAAAAGUUACGAUCUCAAUAAACACGUUAUAAAUCUAACUAACUAACAAAAUCGGUUACCAUGGUAACCUAAGAACAACUUAUUUUUGAAUAAUUCUCCCACUUCGCGGGCUGACGUAAUACAAGUACCAAUUUUGAUUUUCCAAAGAAAUAAAAUUAAUCCUAGACCUAUGUUUUUGUUAGCUUAAUUUAAUAUUAUCUUAAUUUUAGUUUAGUUUUAACCAAAUUCUUGAUAAAAAGUUAUAUAUUUAAAAAUUAAAGUGAAUUACUACUUAUUGUCGUCCAAAUACUUAUAAAUAAAUAAAUUACUUCGACCAGUUACUAAAAUAUGUAGAAAUUAAACUACUUUAAUUUCACACAUAUCAGUAGUAACGACUACAAUUCAAAAUAGUAUUUAUUUCUCAGGGCAUAAGAGCGAAUUUCCCAAAACACUUUUCUCCCUCAUUUGUCAUUAAAGGGUAUAAACCCGUUAAGAAUGAAUGGCACAAUUUUUAAAAGAAGUCACUGUUAUACAUCGUUAGUAUUUUUUAAACAAUUUUUAGUAGGUAGAAUAUUUGGUUUAUUCACGUAACAGUUCGAGGAUGCUCAACUAAUUUCAAGUCUCGAUAGGACUCAUGACCAUGACACAGUCAUGGCUUGAAACUGGUUGCGCCGUCUAAAAACUUACAUACCUCGUAUCAUUUUAACUUACUUAUUUUUGGAUAUCUCGCAUACGUUGUUGUUAAAUAAUUUUAAUACACCAACAAAAACAUUUCGGCACUUAAUGCGCACCUCUGCCUACCCCUUAGAGGAUAAAAGGCGUGUACCAACUAAAAUAUGUAUUAAAUGUUCCUAGUACACAUCAGCCUAAUAUCAGACACUAUAAGUGCAUCAUCACUACUGUAGAUUUUGGCUUACAGUAGUAAACACGUUUGGAAAGACUUACUUAUAAAGUACAUUUCUCCUAAACUUUUUUAUAAUGCUACCUUAAGAACACACAAAAUAAGACAACAGAAAGCUUAACAUGCUAAAGUGAAAUGAUUUGAAUAUGUCGGUCUCUUUCUUGCUAUGAAAUAAAGGAGUGCAGUGAAAGAGACAGAUAGAUAUAAGCUUGCCAAUAUUAUGGCUUUGGUCGUCAACGUCCAUUUUCAAUAUUAAUCUUAUAUACGUGUAUUAGAAUUUUUGAUAUAAUACACUGCAAGACAAUUUAAGUACCUAUGCUCUCUUUAAUGCCUAAAAUGUAACGAAAAAAUGUAUCCAACGAUGUACAUAUGAUAUAAAAACGUUUCUUCCAUUAUUAUUAUUAGUAUACAGUAUGGAGAUCACUCAUAUGAUUUAAAUGAAACUACAAGUAGUACUCGUUCACAGAAGCACAAAUAAUUCAACGAAAAUAGAAAAUUUUAAAAAUGAAAUCUUCAAAAAAAAUAAUAUUUAAAUUAAUCAAGUAUUAAAUUCUGUGUGAACAGCCUCCAUGUACUUUUAAUAUAGAAGAGCUGUAAUGUUGACGGUUGUCUAGAAAUUUUGCGCAUGCGGCGCGGCUGUUAUUAUGCCGUAUUUGCAAAGAGGGGUCAAAUUAGCUCAAAGUUUAAUACAUUUUUUGACUUAACUAUUGGGCUUAUUUCUCUCAUUUUUCGUGUAUUGCCAGCCAAGAUGAUAACAAAUAUGUGGUUUAAAAUUAAGUCAUAAGAGUGUCGAUACGGUAUACAUGUUAUUAGAUAUUUAUCAAAUACUAUUACCAUCAUAUCAAAUCGCUGUAAGACUGUAAAGUGUGAUUUAUAAAUGAGACUUGAAAACAUGUAAACAUUAUCAUUUUUAGCUAAUAAAUGUAUUAUCUAAAU